AUGGCUCGUACAGCUAUCUUAACCAUUCUGCAUUACCCACAGCACGUUACUGAAUACGGCGUACAUUGGAACUUCUUUUAUACGUUAGCUGUAGUAAAGAUAGUCUCAAUUGCUUUGCCAAAGAUGUAUCCUCUUCUAUGGGCUUUCGUUUUUGGAAUUUUACAACAGACCAUGCUCAAACAAGGAUAUGAGACGUGGAUUUUGGAUGGAGAGAAUAAGCGUGACACGCUUUUCUCUGCGAAUGCUGAAGGUGUUUGCUCACUGAUGGGAUACUUCACUAUAUACUACAUAUCUGAUGCUAUCGGUGUAUUUAUUUCUAAAACAGGCAUUCGCAUAAAGUCUUGGAUUGAAUGCUGUUGGAGACUAUUUGCCUUUGCACUUUUAUUUUUCUUGAUGCAACACUUAGCUGAGCACGCAUUUGGACCUCCAUCCAGACGUGUUGUCAACUUAACUUAUAUCUUUGCACAAAUGUCGUUGUUGUCAUUUGCAAUUGCUGGUUUUCUCUUCGUACAAUUAUUCUCAAUCAUAGCAUGGGCUGCAAAUGUUCCAUAUUUUUGCGUAGAUGACAGUCCAUGGAGCGGUGUGGAGCCUUGCCUUACAGCUUCUGUAAAUAGGUCCGGGCUAGUUUUCUUCCUGCUUUCUAAUGUCUUUACCGGUUUCGUCAACUUCACUCUGGACGCACAUCACACUGAUGAUGCCACAUCCAUGUUUAUUCUCAAUAGCUAUUUGCUCACUUUAUGCGUGAUAGUUCAUUUCUGUAGUAAUCCUAAGAUUAGGAAACAUUCUUAG